UUGGCUCCACUAGGAGAUGAUUUUCGCUAUACUGAAAGUUCAGAAUGGGAUCAGCAAUAUCAGAAUUAUCAGAAGUUAUUUGAUUAUAUGAAUUCUCAUCCUGAGUUCCAUGUCAAGGCUCAGUUUGGAACAUUAUCAGAUUAUUUUGAGGCGCUGCAUAAAGCUGGCAAAUUGGAUGGAAAGAGUGGUAAUUCAGUAUUUCCUGUUUUGAGCGGAGAUUUCUUCACCUAUGCAGACAGAGAUCAUCAUUAUUGGAGUGGAUAUUUUACAUCACGACCUUUCUACAAACGCUUAGAUAGAGUUCUAGAAUCAUAUUUAAGGGCUGCAGAAAUUCUAUAUUCUUUGGCUGUGGUACAAUCCAAAAAGUUUGAGAAAACAAAAAUCUUUCCUUCAGUAGAUUACUACAGAUUGUUGACAGAGGCGAGAAGAAAUAUGGGACUUUUUCAGCAUCAUGAUGCUAUCACAGGAACUUCAAAAGAUUGGGUGGUUGUAGAUUAUGGUACGAGGCUUUUCCAUUCAUUAAUGAACUUGAAGGAGAUCAUCACUGAAUCUGCUCACAUUCUUAUUCUAAAGGACCAAGAAAUGUAUAGCUACAACACGGCAACACCAUUCUUUACAAUGGAUAUUACUCAGUCUUCACAAGAUUCUUUGCUACAUAAGACUGUCAUACAGCUGGGAAAACAGCCAAG